AUGAAUACGGUUCAAAAGCGCAUAGAAAGGAAUAUUAUACAUCGAAAAAGUAGUAGACUGUCUGCUUUUGACAUUAUACAAAACUUGUCUAAAUGUGAAGUGCCCGACCCAAUGUCUGAGAGUCAGAAAGAGGUGGAACACAAAAGAAUGCAGUUGGAGAAAUGGAAAGAAGAAAAUGAGAAAAAGAAAAGAAUGAAGCUGCUGCACCAAAAAAAACCUUUUGUUGCUGGUAUUGUGCACCCCCCAUUAAAAUAUGUUCCACCACCUCCACCUAGACCAAUGCCUAGUAUAUCAGGGAGAGUUUCUCAGUCUAUUGGAACUAAUAGUCAAAUUACACAGAAAAAUUCCAAAGGCUCUAAAUCAACCAAACCUUUACAUUCAUUUGCACCAAGUAAUGCAUCAUUUAAACCUCCGGAGCUAAAAACUGUAACAAAACUUCCUACUUUGGCAAGGGUACAAAAUAAGAGAAAAAAGAUUGAUACAACGUUUGACCCAGUAGUGCCAGAUGUUAGCCAAAAGAAGGCUUUAUUAACUACUAGUGUGCGUGAGUUUUGGUAA